AUGGAAGUGAAAUGCUGGGAAUGCGGCCCCUCGUCCACGAAAUAUCCGUCAUUUCAAGAGCUUGAAGCUCAUAUUGCUAGUUUUCAUCUUGGAAUUUGUCCAUAUGAGUGAGUGCGACAACUUCGAAACGGAGAAAAAUUUCAAAAAUUUCAGGUGCGAAAGUUGUAAAUAUGCGAAGUUUCCAACGGAAUAUGCGUUGAUCUCUCAUUAUAAAGAAUGUCAUGGUUUAACGCAGUUCUACGUGAGUUUAUUUACUUUAAAAAAAAAGAAAAGAAAAACGUUCUCAGGUUCGAUACCGCUACACACCGGAAAUUGAGAAGCAGAGGGACGAGUUGGCACGAAGAUUGAGAAAUUCCAUUCUACGAGUUCGUUUGAACCUUAAAAAGUAGUAAAAAGGAAAAGAAUCGGUUCAGAGAGAAUCAAAGGAGAGGUACAAAGAAGCAUGUACGUCUCUCUCUUCUGGAGAUCCUUCUGGCCAAGUAACAGUUAAGAUGAUGGCAAAAGAGAUCACAAACGCUACAAGAGCAGGAGCAGGUAGUGUUCCGUUUACUCGCUAGCUUCACUUGAACUUGGAAGAUAUUUUACAAUAUACCUUCAUUUCAGAAAGGAAACUUCUUCAUCCAUCAAAACAGGGCUACGAUUUAAAUGUCACUCCGGAUCAAAUAGCUCUUUUGCAAGAGGAAGCUCAAGAAGUGGAUUACGUAGACAGAAAAGUUAGUAGGAAAGUUAGUAGUUAGUAGUCAAAAUUAGUAUGAACAAGUUCCAAUUAAAAAUUUAUUUUACAGCUCGAGUGUAAACUAUGCGGAUUCAAGGUUACAAAUCAACGAGCAAGCUUGUUUUACCAUGCCAACACCAAGUUCGAAUUUAAACUGGGGUUAUUGCCAAUGCAAAAGUUUCAGGCAUUUGAAGUUGGAGUUUUUCGAGUGCGCUAUUUGCCACAAAAAGUAUACGACCAUUGCCAAAUCAGAUGUUUUGAAACAUGUGAAGGUGGGUUUUCGGUCGAGAGUGGCAAUUAAGAGGUUGGGAAAACUUUUAGGUUCACAACUGCGGUGAAGAAGCAGUUAUCGAUAACCGACGCAUUAUGACCGAAAAGCUUGCGGCUUUCACGGAUCGAUGCUUCCCUUCGAGAAUCAAGAUAGUACCUCGAGAGUUACCUUCUCCUCAAUCGCCACUUGCUGAAGUGAAGGAAGAAGUUGGUAGUUAUCAAACAUAUAAACUGAAGAUGUAAAACUUUAGCCAACUGAAUAUCCCUAUAACGGAACCGAUGCAUUGAAUUCGUUUAUUGACAUGACCAAUGACGCCCUGGAACAGGUAGGAAGACUAAAAUGGGAUUAUAAUCUUUUAACACUAAUUUACAGAAUGUGAACUACGAAUGCGACGCGUACGGUGAUCUCCUGGAGCCGAAAGUUGAAAUUACGGAUUAAAAUCUUCCCAAGUCUCGUUUAUCUGUGCUUUAUAUGAUUUUUUUUUUCAAGUGAAAUUUAUUAUAUUAUAAAGACUGAAUUCUGCUUACAAAUAAAAAAAAAAAGAAAAAUUGAGAUAUUUUAAAAUAAGGGGAAGAAUUCACGAAUAUUGCGAAGUUUUUCAACAGAAAAUGACGAAAGCAAACAAGGACUGAAAUUUAUUGAAAAAAUAGAAGGAUCAACAAUUCAUUAAAAUAAUUGUUUAGUGAAUCGUGGUCUUAAUUAAGAUUUAAUCACAAAUCGAGUUGUGUGACUCCGUGAGAAGACAAAUAAAUGUAUCUCUCUCUCUCUCUCUUAAGACGAGAAUAGCUUCGAUAAGCUGAUAUUUAUUGCUUGAGAAACAUAAUUAUAUGCAAACAUAUGACUUUAAAAAAAACUAAUUAGUAAAUAGGUGGAGCAUGAAAAUCAAAUUAAAAUCAAAUUAAAUGGUGCAUAAAUAAGCUUCCAAGUCUGGUUGGUCCUUAAAAGAUCACUAAAACUGGAAGAAAGUUUGCCCCAUUGCGACCACGGAGACCGCUCAGAGGUUUGAAUGACUUUGAUGAUGUUGGCGGAGUUUUUUUUAUUUUCCUUCUUUCUUAUGAUAAAAAAUUUAUUUUAUAGGUUUUCAAAUGAAUUUGAGCGUGCAGUACCACUCUGUCAAUUUCUGUUAGAGGAAAUCAUGUGGUUUUCUUUCAAACCUCUUUGAUCAAAUUUUUUUUUUACCACCAAUUAAAAAUGAAAUUGAUGAUAGAUCUGCUUUCAAAAAUUGCCAGAAAUUCAAUAUCGGAAGUUUGAUUUCGAGAAUAUCAACACGUUCGCGUUUAAUCUUUAUUCCAUAUCAAUGAGGCGAGUUUGAAGAUAUGUCCGGCCCAGCAGAAGCUAACGACGAGCCUCAAAAUGACGCUUCGAUGGACGUCGAUGAGACGGCUACCGCUGUAAAGAAACGUUUCGAGGUAUUCAUCUUGGCAUUUAUAACAGCGAGUCUUAAAUUCUUGUGUUGCAGGUUAAAAAAUGGAGCGCCGUCGCACUAUGGGCAUGGGAUAUUCAAGUCGACAACUGUGCAAUUUGCCGCAACCACAUUAUGGAUCUCUGUAUCGAGUGCCAAGCCAAUCAGGUCCUUUCGCGUUGAUUAUCGUUUGAAAAAGUUGUGUAUUUGGUGCCCAUCGGAAAACUUUUCUCUCAUUUUUGAAAAUGAAAGACGACAAUAUUAUUUUCAUUUGAGCCCCUGAGAACAAGUUUGUAAAAAAACUUUCGAAUUCCAAAAUAAGGGUGAAAGAAAUGGAAGAAUUCAUUUAUUUUUUUACAGGCGACUGGGCCGAAAGACGAUUGCACAGUUGCUUGGGGUAACUGUAACCACGCGUUCCAUUUCCAUUGCAUUUCUCGUUGGUUGAAAACUCGUCAGGUUUAUAAAUUUUCAUCGGGUUUCUCAAAAAAUAAAGUCGACAGGUUUGCCCUCUGGACAACCGCGAGUGGGAGUUCCAGAAAUACGGUCACUAACUUUGAAUCAUUCACUUCGCCUAUAUACCUGUGAAUAGGUAUACUAUCAACUGCAUUAUUUUGACUUUUUAUGUGAAUAAACAUUGGUCUCGAAGUAUUUACUGCAUGCAUUGUGGCCAUCAACGGUGCGGGCGGGAGCAUAAGUUGUGUUUGUUGAGAAGCUCAAAUGGACGGUUGCAUCUGCGCACUUCACUCAUUACGAGGUAGCAUCAAAUUUUUGGUCCAUUUCUUCCUUCAGAUUUUUUAAUGAUUCUAGUGUAACUUCGCGUUUAGUGAAGUACGUUGCUUGUCAAAAAAUAUAUCUCGAGGUUAUAAGCCGUUUUCUUAUUUCAUUCCAGGCAAGAGUUCUGUAUUUUUAAUAGAAGUUCGAAAUGGGAUGUAGUUUGAAAUACAAACGAAAAACCAAUAAUCUUUAAAAAAAACUUCUGCAUUUGAUUCAGUUCCAGUUAAUAAUAUCUUCGCUGCUUUUCGCAUAGACAUUGUUUCGGUUUUUUUUUCUUGCUCGGACAGAACGGAAAAUCGCCCCAAAAGCUUUUCCAUAGGCAAAGUCGGAAAGACCCUCCGAGGGUCAUGAAGGCUGCUGGAAGGCUCCAUAGAAAUGUUACUAUUAGGGUGAUGAAGGCUCCCUUUUUGCUCCAUUUUCUCAGCCCUUACGCACCAUUUUUGCUGCCUCUCCCUUUCUCCACCAUUUCUCGAGCCUUUAAAAUCCCAGAAAAACGGAAGGCUGGAUAAAGGGACUCUCUUUACUGUCUUUUUGCGGCCUUUGUCUUUCUGCGGCCCCCGUUUAACGGCCAUUAUCCAUCCACCAUUCCGACUUUGCCCUAGUCUCAAAAAAAAAGACCUCAAAAGGGCCCCCAGCAGAUCUUUUUUAUCUCAUCUUAUUUCAUUUUUGCCUCUUUUUCACAUCCUUCAACAAAAGGGUGAAAAGCAGUUAAAAGAAUUCGAGCGGAUUGAAAAAGGAUCCGCUGGGGCUAUGAAAAAGGAGCUUAAAUUCUUUUUUACAUCAUUUUAAGAGCUUUUAGAGGAACAUUUUUACCUCUCUUUCUCAAGAUCCGCAAAGGAACUUUUCCGUUUUACCUAUGUGAUCCCUCACAAAGCCCGUAGAGCUUGAAAAUAUUCGAAAAUAUUGCUAGUUUGUUGAGGAUACUCAAUAUUUUCUAGACGUAUGUGUGUUGAACCUUUAGAUAAUAAACAAUUUUCUUGAAAAAAGCUUUCGCCUUCUCAGAAGAAGCUUUCGAAAAUAUAGAAAAAAGUGUAUACAAGGUCUAGGCGAGCGAAAAGAGGCUGUUUGGCUCCUACUCCAGCUGUUUUUUUUUGUUGACUUUUUUCGCCUGUAGUGAAACCAAAGCUUACUCGGAUCAGGCGCUCUAAAAGGAUCGGUGAGAUCGGACACUCAAUGGCGCGUGUUUGUACGUGUUGUGUUUUCGAGAAGCAUCCGCGAGUUUGAACAAAAGGCGGCCCUCGUUCCUUUAGAAGCUGUCGAACACGAGUCGUCGAGCCCAGAAAUGUCCGACAGUUCCCGCCGGCCAUGAUAUCCGUCCUGCUACUGCUCGCCGCCGUCGCACCUCAUUUCUGCCGUCAGCAGGUACGUUCCUUUCACGCCUGCCCGAAGAUGAUCAAUUUCUGGUGAAUUCUGUUUUUGAAGUUCGGCUGAAAAGUAUUGCUCGUGCUAGAUGAGUUUGGGAUAUUAUCAACGCACAACUUUUUGACUCUGAUAAAAAAAAUUAGGAGUCUAUGUCGGCUGCACCUACUAGAAUCCUUGUAGUCAUUGAAGGACGUUCAGCAAAAUUCCGGUAGUCUCAGAAUUGAAGAAAAAUUACCUUUUUAUACAAGAAUGGGCCGCUAUAGCUGUAAGUAGUGUUGCAUAAACAAAAAGUUAUGCGCCAGAACUGUGCCUAUUUAUUUAAAGUUCUCAGAUUGCGAGUUGGAAUUCCUGAGAGGUAACUAACUAAGAGCCCACAUCGAAGAUAGCACAUUGAUUAGGGACCAUGAAGAAUCUUUUCUAUUAGCGGUUAUGGAAUGGCUAUUAAAAUGUGAACGAUCUGAAAAUAGUAGUGAAAAGACUUACAAGGAAAGUUAUUUUACUUUGCGGUUGAAGAUUUUCUGAAAAUUGGUUGGAAAAAUUUCUGAUAUAUCCGAUGGAGAACGUGAAAUUCUCGACGUUUCGAAAUUCCUAGUUUUCGAAUAACGACAUCUCAAACACAGAGAGACCCCUCAAUAACCAUCAAAAUAGACUAUUUUUGGGCUUUGAGCCCUCAUUUCUCAAAAACUAAAAAGCUGUUUAGGUUGAGACUUUCAGGGCCUUUGGUUUUUCAGAGGGUAUUUUGACAAGUUAUCAGAAUAUUCCCAACCGAAAAAUGAAAUCACCUCCUUUGUUAAGGGAAGCUGCUGGAUGUCUCUUAGUUCAUCUUUAUCUUUUAUCUGAUCUCUGAUAAAGUUAUCCGCAAAACGAGUCGAUUCUCACAGAAGUUCAUUGGACCCUUCUUUUUGAGAAACAUCACUCUUUGAUGAAUUUCAGGAGUUGGGCCAGCUGUUCCACGUGCAGGUCCACCUUCCACCCGAGCAGGACCGCUUGUUGCAGGGCCAACAUCGCCUCGGAAACACCGUCUUUGGUCUGUUUUUUCAUUAAUUUCGAAUUUUGGUUUGAUCCGACAGUAUAAACAAAAAAGGUGUUCUCCUUUAAGGUAUGUAUCAAUUGAGCUAAAGAGCGUGGGUCUCACAAAGUUGUAUCUAUGCCGCUCUUUUAGCAUUCAUGUUUCCCUCAAUUUCUUCAAAAUAUUCAAUUCAAUUUAUAUUUUUUUUUUCGCAACAUCGGGAUGGUAUGGUGAUGUUGCCGGGAGGGAAAAAGACCACCAGGUGGAUUAACUAACCCCACCUGUGAAGAAAAAAAGUUUUUCUUUGGUCUGUUUUUUGAAGAAUGAAGAAAAAUGAAAUAUGAAGAAAUAGUUAGGGACAGAAAUAUUCUUUCCAUUCUACUUCCACCCAAAAGACCUGACUUCCUUUUUUCUCAGUCUUUGAAUGCGUUUAUCUCUAUUUAUGUUCUAUUCCGUUUAAAGUGUCAGAAAAAAUACUCAAGGAGGGUUGUCGUAUUUUAUGUCUUUCCUACGGUAGACCCGCGAUUAUUUGCAAAAUCUCUGGAACUUUGCAAAAACAGAGGAGAGGGUUCUCGAUUUGUGAGCAUGCGGAGUAUGAGACAGCAGAAAAAGCCAGUUGAUAAAGGAGGUGUGGUGCUCGGAAGGUCGUGCCUGAGACAUGAGAGGCCGAGAAGCUCUCUCUUUCGGAUCUUUAUCUUCUCGCUGAUCAUCUCCGCCCUCGGCUCUUUUCGCGCCAAAUAUGCCCGAAAUCCAUCACAUUUUCCUGUUUUUAGAAUCCUGAUGCUUCCUUUUUUUUUCAUUCUUUCUUGAGUCUUGUCUUUUUUUCGAAGUCUUUUUUUUUGGGCAGGGUCAUAACUAUCAAUGAAUCGCCUUCUUUCAGUUCAUAAUUGUUCGUGGGUUUUUUCGUCUGCAUCUAUUGAUUAUAGACCUGAAAGUCUUCAAAAUCUUGGAAAAUAAAGAGGGUCGACCAAUUUUUGGCAGUACUAGGAACUAGUUUGAACGGAAUUUUUCAUAUCUGGGAGUUCUAUCAACUUUUUUUGAACCUAAGCUUAACACGUGCUGUUGGAUCUGAGAGUUAUACUUAAAGAUUUGUAUAAAGCUUCACACGAAAUUGCGGCUUCUCAACCUUUUGUUCCCUUUAUUAGGUUUAUGAACAAAAGUUAUGUAUUCGGUUAUCGAAGGUUUCGACAGUCGAUUUCUAUUUUAGUUUCGUUUUUACCGGAGUUUGAUGCUUGGAGCCAAAAAGGAAGACGCAUGGAGCAAUUGGGCUCUUUCAGAUGUCGGCGGCUGUCAAACGCCAGCACGUUCCAAACGGUUCCCUCCGUGUUUGUCUUCUUCUUCUUCCAUCCACCGUUCACAUCGCCUCUUACUAAUUUCGCCCUUGUUUCUCUUGUCUUACUCUCUUUCAUCUGCUUUAUGAUCCAUCCAAAGUAAAUUUUCGAGCAUAGAAGUUCGUUGAGACUCCAUUAAAGGGGCUCAGCAAUUCUUCAAGAAACCGUAAAAUCGAAAAUGUUUUCGUCUCUGAAAGUCAAUUUGAAUUUCAUGCUUGUUUUCAUAAUUCGAAAAAUUUCGUUGAGCACCGAAAAUCGAAAGAUUUUGAGAGUUAUGCAAUGUUACCAUAUUUCAUAUAAUCCUUCAAUUUCAAUAUCUUGUUUCAAUUUAUGUCAAGACGAUUUUGGAUCUAAAAAAACUAAUUUAGGACUGCGAGUACUAGGGAAACUUUUCUGAAAGUCUCCUUAUUUCUCAAUUUCUGAAUAAAACAUAUUUCGAAAAAAAUUUUUGCAGGUUUUUAUAUAUAAAAAUCUAUAAAAUCGUUUCAUAAUUUUUGAAAAAAACGGUUCCAAUGAAAACUUCUUGAUCUUAGUUCUUGCAAGUUUUUUUUUCAUUAUCGCGUGUUUUGAUCUUUUUCCUUCUUCUGAGCUUAAUCCAGUACUCGAAGUUCCAUUUUAUCCUGAUUAUCUUCUUUUUCUUUUGACUGCCACCGGUUGAGGGUUUCUGAGAAACGGAACGAAUUCUACCGAUGGGCGAUGCCCUCCUCCAUCAUUUUCGUCCCACUCGUCGCUGUCUUUCUGUUCGGCGUCACUGCUGACCGUCUUGUCAAGACCAAUGUCAUCAAAAAUGUCAACUACGACGGUGAGAAGGAUUCCGGCUGGAUGAGCCGGGAAAUUCUCGAAAUUUCUAAUCACGUGUACAGCCCCGGGUGCAAAAUAUUCAAAAAACUUUUUUUUUUAAUAUUUAAAAUGAUGCUUCAAAGAUGGAUGUACCAAAACAACAUUUUCGCGAUUUUUCUGAAAUGAGUCAUAAAAGAAAGUUUCCAGAUUUUUCUCUUCUGUGCGCUGAUGGGAUUCCGCUGUUGAUGGAGGAUCACAAGCCGCGGCCUUGUCAGCCGAGACCUUGGCUUCCCGAGCAAAAGUUCGUUUUCAGAUCUGAAUGUCUUUCCAAUUCCAUCGAAGCAAGUAGGAAAGUCGAAAUGUUUCAUAAACUUUUUUUCAUGAAAAUAAAAUUUCCUUGCGAGUUCUUGUGAAGUCGCAUAGAAACUAGAACGCCUCGGAAUUCUCAAACAUUAUUUUUGAGCUUCUUUUUCCUGUUAAUUUUUUUAUGUUUUUCCUUUCCUAUUUUCAAAAUUCAACACGUUGGAAGCAAUUGAUUUUUUUGCCUCAUAUAACGACUUCAAAAAUCACGACUUUAUGAUAUUCAAUUGUAAAGAAAAUGAGCUUUUUGAAAAACUUUUUCAUCACGACCUUUUUCAGCUUUUCUCUCAUAAAUAAGUUGCAUCUUAAAUUUUCGUACUUUCAGAUGUCCAACUGGCUUCUGGUGCCACGAAGGAGAGGCUGACUCGAGCUUCUUCUGUUGCCCACGGAGUCGACGCUGUCAGUGACUUUCCUGCCUUGUUUCCGUUGAUUUCUUCUGAGCCCGAUCAAAACUGAGUUCAGUCGCCAACCGAUGUCAUCUUCCCCCGGCAGUUGGCUACGGAAAGCAGCGGAUGCGGAGGUUCUACUUCGACUGGAAAACGGACGCCUGCCACGAGCUGCAGUACUCGGGCGUCGGUGGCAACGAGAACAGCUUCAUGACCUACGAGAAGUGCGAGUCCACGUGUCGAGGUAACUCCUUUCGUUUGCUCUGGGCCGACGAGAGGAUCAUCGCACGAAAUUGAGACGUGAGACAAUGGUCAAGUGGCUCCGCCCGCGUUUCUGCGCCGUCGGCUUCCAAAUCAAAGAAAAAGCAAAGCAAAAAAUAGACAAUGACGCCAAGUUUGCCCAAUAGUUUUUAUUCAAGAGUUCAUUGAGAAUAGAGCCACGAUAAAGGGUAAAUGUAUCAAUUUCAGCUAAAAUUUCGAGUUUAGGAGGAUUUCAAAGAGUCAUUUUAAUAGAAUCGCCAAAUGAUUUUUCUAGACUUUAUUACGUUUCAGGUGCCGGAGAGCCCCCAAUUUCACUUCCAAGUAAUAUGAAGAUUUUGCCUAAGGAUAGGAAAAUCCCUUAUGAGAAGGUUCGAAUAGCUUUUUCUGGAGUUUUGAUUGUGAAAUUUGAAGGAAAAGCCUCUGUAUCCGAAGCCGACAGAGCUGCGGCCGGAAAGGGCGUCGACUCCAGUGUCAGUAGUUCUUCCGAAGCAGCCGCCGCGAUAUACGGAUCCUCCCCUGCAACUGACUUCGCCGCCAUCAACUGCUCCCCCAGUUACGAGCACGUUCACUACAACCACACAUUUCCAAGGUUUUCAUGCUUGAUUGGUUUUUUUUUCCAUGCUCUUCUUUAGUGCCGCAAACGGCUUCUCUCGAAGUAACAACGAAAGCAGAAAUUGAUUCCAAUCCGUGCUCUUUGCCUCCUGAUAGAGGAACCAGUGGCAGAAUGGCAGAGAAAAUGUCAGAAUCUUUCUUUUUUCGUUCAAAGUUUUCAAAGUUCUCCGACUUUAGGUGGUACUUUGACAUGUCGGCUUUGGCCUGUGUCCAGUUCACCUACUUGGGCUUUGGUGGUAAUUCGAACCGCUUCCAAUCUACUGAAGAAUGUGUGGAUACUUGUGGAAUAGGUAUUUUCUCUCCCUGAUCUCUCAGUCAAGCUUUUCGUUCAGGGAAACCAACUCGGAAGUCUUGCGACCUGCCGCCGUCCAUCGGCUCUGGCCUCUUCAGGAUUCCUCGCUACUACUUCGACAAAGUUACACGUCGAUGUGAAAAGUUUUAUUAUUCGGGUAUUGAUGGAAACGAUAACCGUUUCUAUAAGAAACACAAAUGCGAGCGACUUUGUCUAGGAAGUUGGUUUUUGGUCAAUAAUCCAAAUUUUCUUUUGAAAUUGAAGAAAAGCAGAAAAAGAAGGAACAUGGAUCUGACUCGGAGACUGUUCCUUCCACAGCGACUUCGACGACGACCACGACCACGAAUGCGGCAACAGAAGCGUUGGAAACCGCCGAAACGCGACAAAAUACGCGAAUGAUCCAAAAUUUGGUGGCUAGCACGGCUUUGCCUUCAGGUUAGCAUGGCUUAUUUUUUCUCAGGUAGCUGAAAGUUUUCUCAGAUUUUGGAGCGGACCGAAGGCAGGAAGUCGUCACAGUUGAGCCAAUAGUAGAAAAAUCGAUCGAAGUUCAAUUCUAUACCACGACCGCUUCUUUCCCCACAUUAAUCUUCGAACCCAGAGGAGGUCAGUUUUUUCGACAGUUCUUGUUCCAGAGAGUCUGGCUUCAGAGACGAUUCCGUUGAUUUACACCUCAACUGCGUUACCGCCUAUCGUUGAUGGCGUUCCGAAUCCGUCGCAGUUUGUGGACCACGUCUUCUCCAGCCUCAUGAACAAGCAGCAGAACAUAGUUGAAGUCGACAACAGCCAGUUUUCUGUGGAGAGCAGCGUUGAAACAUCACAAGCGCCAGAAGAGUCAAAGUUCGGACAGGUGGAACAGCAGCCGGUGCCGUUGUCAGUAUAUGGAUCCGGUCAGCCGACAGAGAACCAGUUUGGAAUGAAAGUCGAGCCGAAGCAACCGACGGAUCCAUUCUUCGUCCCACUUCCCCAACCUCAACCACAACCAGAAGUGCCCAUCUACAGACAGACAAACUUCGGAGGCGAACGUCCUGCCGUCCAGGUAGUUCCCUACGUCCCAAAUAAGACGUCCAAUGCUUCGGCUAACCAGUUCUCCGGCUACCCUCGUCCUGAAAUCAAGUCCGAGCUCGUGGAACCAGAAGAGAAGUCUGAUUCUGAAGAGUUCAUCUUCCAGUUCAUUACAUCUACCACAACUACCACAACUACUCAACCAACCCUAAUUCCAGCGAUUGAAAACUCUUUCAUCUCAACUGAAGCCCCACUAAACCUUCCUAUCACUACCACUACGAUGCCUAUUUUCCCGAAAACAGAUCAAGCCUUAGUAGAACCGUUCACAAAUUUCCAAAGCCCAUACGUCGAAUUGACGGCUCCAAGGACUCAAGCUAACUUACCUAUUUCUGAACAACCUGAACACCCACAAAGACCCUUACUCAUGCCCAAUUUGUCGGCCUUGCCAUACAUCACCCCUGUGGAGGUGAACCAACCUGCGGUCCCGCCACUACAACCAAAUCCUUCCGUUCUUCCUGUACUGCCAGUGCCUCCGUACCUUCCCUAUGUCCAGUCGCUGGAACCUGUCGUACCUGUGGUGCAGUCCAAAGAACCUCUGCAGACCUUCUCGGCUCUUGGAGUGCCAGGACUGCUCCCUCCACCUCCCUCAUUGAUUUCCGUCAACAACUCAAGGAUUAUUCCCCAGAACCCUCUGCCGAUGUUCAUCUUUCCACCAGCUCCUGCAUCUCCGUCGGUCAGCGUGAAUUAUUCUGUGAGUUCCAAAAAAUAUUGAAUAGUUGAAACUGCAAUCCCCGAGUUCGAACUUUCAAUCAACUGUUUAACUAAACGGUUUUGAAGAUUUUAUCAUUCCUAAACCGGCCUUAUCUUUUUUUAUGCAGAAACAUUGAAAAAGUAAACAUCAGUUUGUCAUUCGAAAACUUUUUGCUUGAUUUCGACUUGAAUCGGAACCUUCUUCUUUUGAGAUGGUGACCGCGACUUCGAACACUUCGCCAUGCCAGAAGCUUAUUUUUGGCGACGCUACCAUAAUGUGCGCCGAUAAGACGACGUCGUGCCCUGUCGGAACUUUCUGUCAGAUCGGAGAAGGACAAAGUGUCUGCUGUCCUAUUCUCGGUUUCGAUGACUUUUUCAAUUGGAUAAAAAGAUAGUUUUGCAGACGAGCCUCCAUGCGAGCAGCUGGUUGAGGAAGGAGUUGGCGGAAGUCCGCUCCGAAGGUGGUACUUCGACCAAAACACUCGCUUUUGCAACGUCUUCAGUUUCCACGGAUUCAAGGUUUGAGAAGUCUGAGCCAGAUGAUGCACCUUGUACCUUCAGGGCAAUCAAAACAACUUUCUGUCUUUCGAAGAAUGUCGAAGGGCCUGUGGCGCGAAAAACUUGUGCAGCGUCGGCUCGCCGUCUCUUCCCAGAGACAAUUUGCCUUCGUUAGCCCCUUUCUCAUGCCAAAAAUAACGUUUUUCCUUUCAGUUGUUCCGAAGAUUCGCACUGUGACUUUGGCUAUUCCUGUGUUUCUUCUCUGGCAAACAAUGUGUGCUGUCCGACGGUCGCCACCACUUCUUCGACGACUUCACCCAACUUUAUCACCGACUAUUUUCCUUCAAGUCAGUGACCCGCUUCAGUUUGAGCACUUUUUCAACCUUUCGGCAACUUUUCGAGUGUCAUUUCAGGCUUGUAAAUGAUGAUUCUAUUUUUUGAUUUUGAUUUUUUAUAACUUUUUUUUUUGAAUUUUGAUAACGUAGAACAUCUAAAAUGUUUUCUUUCAAACGAACUAUACAUUGAAACCUCUAUGGAAGAAUAUCCCUUAGGAGUUCGAAACAAAAACUGUUCAGACCAAUGCGAACAGGCGAUAAACGUCGGCUUGGGCGGGAAACAGGAGCAUCGCUGGGCCUUUGAGAACGGCCAUUGCGUUUCUUUCUUGUACAACGGUAUGGGCGGCAAUCUCAACAACUUCCUGACCCGCGGCGAUUGCGAAAACGUCUGUAAAAGUGAGAUUGGCUUCUGGAUCUGAAAGACUUUGUAACUUUGAAGAAACGGCGGACGGCGUCACGGGACGCUGUUCUUAUCCUGCAGCCAGCGGCCACGGCGAGCAGUACCUCUCACGUUAUUUCUACUCUCCGGUAAACGGAAAACCUCCCUUAGCCUCACUUUUUUGUUUGGAGGAAUACCAUCAGUGCCUUCACUUUAUCUACUCUGGAGAAGGAGGCAACCAGAACAACUUCGAAUCUUUGACCGAUUGCCUGGAAACUUGCGUUGCUAAAGGAGUCAAAUUCAGCGGUGAACCAACGGAAAGAGCAUUUUUCUCAAUGUCCUUAUAGCCUUGGGACUAGCGCCUGCCCUGCAAACGUCGACGGCUCCUCAGAAGGCCACUUUCACAUUCUCUUUUCUGCCGGCCAAAAUCUGUCCGAAAGGCGAUGCUAUCACAACAGUCGACGGUUCUGCCAUUCAGUGCGAUUAUUUGAAGGUGAAGAGAACUGAUUGAUAGAUCAUAGUCGUGCUUCGUGUUCGUCGCCUUCCCAAUACCUUUUGGAUAUUUAGAUCAAAAAUACACAAAUUUCGAUAUUUUCAAUAGAUAAAACUCCUUUUGUGAGAAGAGAGUGUGUUUUUUGAACGAUUUUUUGGAGCUACAGUCCAUUCACCGCUAUCUAAAUAACUCCGGUAGCCGCGCGACCAUACAUUUUUCGAACUAUUUCCUUUAUAAAUUUAUUUUCAGAAUGCGAAAUGCCCUGGAGACCACGUUUGCACUCCGGUCGGAAACGCCGCCUAUUGCUGUCCUUCGCCAAGUCGGACAGCUCUUUUUUUUAGUUCGAAAACUUGAGUUUCAGUGAAUUAUUGUCUGCAGCAACGACCAGCUCUCUCGGUUUGUCCACAGCCUGGCUCAGAGCCAAUUAAGGAGAUUCGCUUCACAUACGACCCUCUUGCUGAUCGAUGUGUAAGGUAGGAGAUCUCACCGGUUUAACCUCUUUUCCUAUCUAUCACUUAAUCAAUAUUCAUUUUUUUUUAAACAUAAAUAUAAUCGACUAGGCGGUGAACAAGAACUUUCAAACCUAUAAAGUACAACCGCCUUCGACGGACUAGAAGCCCAGGUCGUAGUUCAAAGAAUUGAAAGCAUGAAACUAUGGUCCUUCGCUUCGUUCUUCUGCACGUAGUUCAUCCAGUUGCGUCUUGACAAGCUCAAAAUAUAGCGGACGUCGGAGCUGAAGACAGUGCUCUAGGUGGAAGCCCAGAAUGAGAGCAGAAGAAUGGAGACUUUGAACGGAACUUUCAAAGUAGUUUUUCCAGGUUCAGCUUCGCAAACUGCGCAUCAACUGCGACCGCCCACAUCGACGUCAGCCUCAAUAACUUCUCUUCGAGUUCACAGUGCAAACGUCUUUGUUGCAACCAGGUUUCUUUUGAAUAACUUUUUUAAUAUAAGGUGGCGACUGAAGCUUUGACAGUAUACUUUUGGAGGAAUUUGAAAAAAAAAAACCUUCAAUUAUCAGAUGAUUUUUGGCUGGUUUUUUGAAAAUCUCUUUUCGCUUUAGAAAAAGAAUUACAGGAAAUAUAACUUUUUUUUUCUUGAUUUUUUUAUCUUUCACGAUUGGAGAGCUAUAUUACAGUCUUUGAACCGGUUAAGAACUUCCAUUUAUUUUGUUUGAGUGUCUCAUAUGGAUAUAGUCAAUUUUUACCGGCUUGAAAGACGAGAUGGGUAGAUUGGCAAGAGUGAAGCGUUGCGUCUGCGACGCGGCUUUUAGCGGCAAGUUCGAGAUCAAACGAUAUCCAGGAAAAAAAUUCUUUUCAAUUUUUAUACUUUUAUUCGUUUAACUGAAUCUUUUCAAACCAAGAAAUAUUAAAAUUUAUUGAUAGUUUAAAAAAAUAAUAAAAAGGUGGCUCCUGUUUGAUUUUGAGAUACCCGUCAAAAGCCGCGUCGGACACUGGAUAUAUGCCAUUGAGAAAAGUAUAGAAAAAAAAAUCGAAGCAAGUGAAAUUAAACUAAGAUCUCCUGACCACAUCUAUGACCAAACCCACAGUAUAUGUGAUUUUUUGAUUGAACAUGACAAAAUUGAUCGCUUAGAAGCGUGUACGCGACUUUGCUGGCUACAUUUGUAUGGAGUUUCCGAUCACCAAGGUAAUAUCUCCUGAAACGCCCCAUAUGAACUUUUUUUGAACUUGCUGUCAUCAGUCGUGACGUUUGAGCCGUGUCGUCGGAAAUGGAAACGAGCUGAGUAAAUGUUUUUGCAGGGCUAUAAUUUGGUGUACAAACGACGCUUGCUGGCAAUGAAUGACGACCCAAUUGCGGGCGAAAUUUUUUGAAUUCUCGAUUAUUUUGCCAAUUUUUUUCCCUUUUAGUUCAGUAUUAUGUUUUUUGGGUUGUUGAAAUGAUUUUUCUUGUUUUGCUUCACGUGGAGCGGCGAUAUUUGUACCAGUCGUGCUGGAAAUUUUUGCUGAUAUGGGUUUUUUUCCUGUGUUCUUGGAACCAGUAAUCUAAAAAUUGAAUAUAUGGAUUUAGAAACUUCUCCUUGUUAAACUUGUUUUUUCUUUUUCCAUUCUUAUGCUAGAAACCUUCUUUUGCAUAAUAUAUGCUUCGAAGUUACCGUCAAUUAUUAUUUAUUUACUGUCUUUCAUUUGCCAUUCUUUAGUUUCCAAGCGUUUUCUUCCAACUCUUUCCGUUUUACGCGCCUGAUGUCUCCAGGCCGCUCGGUCGCCAUGACAAAUCCUAUCACCGUUGCUAUUUCCCUGCCAGUAUUACUCACUGA